GCUUUAACGCUGCUGAGAACGGUAAGUGGACUUGGGCCAGAUUUGGCAAGAGGGGUGGAGGAGGGGUGGCGGUGGGGAGGUGGCUCUAUUCGUCACUGAUUUCAGGGAGAUUUGCAGGCGCAGAGUGCGGAUGAGGAGAAAGGGUGGGGGGGCUCUCGCAGGGGGAAGAAAGAUUUAUAAAAUGAUAGGUGGUCGAGCUUUGUUUGGCUGGACUGUUGCGCGCAAUAAGUCGAAGGGGUUUUCGCGUUUCCUCCACAUGAGGGACUAUUAAGGCGGUCGAUGGCCACCCGGCGCGCCACACAGCACCACUUAGCGCCGCUGUGACACCGAGUGGAGCCUCUGUGUCGAGCUGAAGCCCUGGACACUCAGUCUCCAGUGGAUAACCAGCUCCCCCCACCCCCCCUCCACUCCCCCGCCACUCUCUCUUCCUCUUCCUCUCUCUGUCAGUGCGUACCCGCCGUGCGUUCUGCAUGCGUCAAGGGAGCACCGUGCGUAACGGGAGAGUCGUGCGUAACUGGAGACAGAUUUCACUCCAUUUUGCGCUGGGAUUCUGAGGACCACUGGCGGUGUAACGCUCACUUGCAAGGACACUGACCGCUGGAUCCCGAUAGAUUUCUCUUCUCAGACAUCUCACGGCACUCUCGUCUUUUCUCCCUCCCUCUCUUCACUCUACGCCAGUCGUACGUCAGAGCUGACAUGACGACCGAGACCCCUCAGCAGCAGCUGGACCCUCCGCCUCCUCUGAGAUCCAGCCCGGCGUCCGGAGUCCUGCACCCCGCCAUGCUGAGCCCACAAGCCGCCACAGAAAGUUCGUCCACCGCCAUUAAAGGAAAGAAAACGAGCUCCGGUUUACGGAGACCGGAAAAGCCUCCUUACUCCUACAUCGCUCUCAUCGUUAUGGCAAUACAGAGCUCCCCCACCAAACGACUGACACUCAGUGAGAUCUACCAGUUCCUCCAGGCUCGCUUCCCAUUCUUUAGGGGCUCGUAUCAGGGCUGGAAGAACUCGGUCCGGCAUAAUCUUUCGCUGAACGAGUGCUUCAUCAAGCUGCCCAAAGGGCUGGGCAGGCCGGGGAAAGGCCACUACUGGACCAUCGACCCGGGCAGUGAGUUCAUGUUCGAGGAGGGCUCCUUUCGUCGCAGACCCAGAGGCUUCAGAAGAAAAUGUCAAGCUCUGAAGCCCAUGUAUCGGAUGAUGAACGGGAUUGGCUUCGGCACCUCCAUUCUGCCGCAGAGUUUUGACUUUCAAGCUCCAUCCGCGACCCUCGCCUGUCACAGCAACAGCUACAACUUGGACAUGAUGAGCAAUUCAAUGGCUGGGGGGUACGACGGGCUGAGCGGCGGCCACCACGUACCCCACAUGUCCCCGAGCCCCGGCUCCACAUACAUGGCGAGCUGUCCUGUGCCGCCUAACGGGGAGUACGGACCGGACAGCAGCAGCAGCCCCGUACCGUCCUCUCCAGCCAUGGCAAGCGCGCUGGACGGCCACUCCCCGUACGCCAGUACAUCCGCACACUGGGCGUCCUCCGGCGGGUCCCCUUACAUCAAACAGCAGCCUUUAGCCUCCAGCAGCCCCGCAUCUUCUGGUUUACACUCCGGCAUGUCGCCUUACUCCCUGGAGCAGAGUUAUCUUCACCAGAACGGCAGGGACAGCCACAGCAGCGACAUAUCAGUGGGGAUUCCACGCUACCAGAGCCAUUCCUCGGUGUGCGACAGGAAAGAUUUCGUGUUAAACUUUAACGGCAUCUCCUCCUUCCACCCCUCGGCUGGUGGAUCCUACUAUCACCAUCACCACCACCAUCACCCCCAGAGCGUGUGUCAGGACAUCAAACCCUGCGUGAUGUGAGCAUCGUGUCACUGUGGACUCCAAAAAAUAAAAA